AUGGCUGCCGUCUCUAAGGCCUUCGUUGCUUCAAUUCUCCUUCUGUUUCUCACAGCACACGUGGCUCAAGCUUAUCAGACCACGACGGCCGUGCAUGGAGCUGCCGGCGGCCGCUCUUUUCUCCAGACGAUAGAUUGCGGGGCGUCGUGUGACGCAAGGUGCAAGCUGUCGUCUCGGCCGCGGCUGUGCAAGCGGGCCUGCGGGACUUGCUGCGCCAGAUGCGGCUGCGUUCCGCCGGGAACUUCCGGCAACGAGGAUGUGUGCCCCUGCUACGCUAAUAUGACCACUCACGGCGGCAGACACAAGUGCCCAUAA